AUGAGUCGAACAACGAUAUCAAGAGUGUUUGCGCAAGCUACCAAUGCUUUCCGACAGGGGACUAGCUCAUCAGCGUCAGGCUCAAGAGGAUUCGCUUCUUCAUCGUCAGCUUCAUCAUCAUACCCUUUCAACCCUUCCGCGUUAAUAUCAUCAUCAACAGUACCAUCUCCACCGCCACCUAAUCUCCUAUCACCAAGAAAAGGAUGGUCCCUAAUAACCCAUCUGAAUUCCCAAGCACCCAAAUCGCAAUAUAUAGAAUUAUUCUCAAGACGUCAUCCAGAUAGAUUAAAAGCUGGAUCAGUGAUAACAGUCAUACAGUAUACCGAUCCAACCAAAAAAUCAGUUUCACCUUUUUCGGGCGUUUUAAUGGGUAUAAAAAGAGGUGGUGUAGAUACCAGUUUCAGAUUGAGAAAUGUAGUUAAUAAGAUUGGUGUAGAGAUGAGUUUCAAAUUAAAUAGUCCUCUGAUAAAAGAAAUCAAAAUAGUUAAAAAGGCACAAGGUAGAACGGGUGGUGUGAGAGAUCUAAGAAGAGCUAAAGUCAAUUAUCUGAGAGAAAGUCAAGGUUUAAUGGCUGGUAUAGCGAGCGCAUUAAAGGCUUCGAAAAAGUAG